AUGGUGUCCCUUGACGACAUCCAGGUGGGAGACCUGGUGAACGUGCCAGGCGGGAUGUACGGCACAGUUAAGUUCAUAGGUGUGGUUGCUGGUAAACCUGGCCGGUUUGCUGGUGUUGAGCUGGCACCUGAGCACGCCGGCAGAGGAAAGAAUAACGGCGACGUUGAGGGCCGGAGCUACUUCACCACCUCCCAGCCCGGCUCUGGCAUCUUCGUGCCAAUAAAUAAUAAUAAAUAUGUCUCCAAACGGACCACCUCAAUGGGCAGCAGGCCGCUCACACCCUCCAGACCCAACUUCAGCAAAUCAGUCGGGCCCGGUCCUGGUCCCAACUCCAUGUCUUUAAACAGACCAAAGUUCAGACGUCCAUCUCUACCACGGCCUGAAUCACCACGAUCCUCUCCGCCGAAAUUGAAUAUGGCUGCUCUACGAACUCCCUCCGCGUUUUCCAAAAGUGUGGGACCCAACGGAGGUGUUCCUCGAACACCGCUCAGAACCACACGACCCCCCAGCCGCCCGUCGUCUAGAAUCAGCGUUGAGAGCAAUACCAACAACACCCCACAGUCAGUAAGGCGGUAUGAUACGAGAACGCCCGCCUUUGAUGACCAAGAGGCCGCGGAGAGGAUUAGAUAUCUAGAAAAGCAGUUGCGUGAUCGUGAUAAGCAGUUGGAAGAACAGUCUGCAACUCUCGCGGAGUUUCAGAAAAGCAUUACGGAGCUGGAGGGUUUGGACGCACUACAGGUGCGCGCACAACUUCGCGAGAAGAAUGAGAAAAUUACCGCUCUCACGGCUGAGUUCGAUAGCCAUCGGGCUGAUUUCCGCAGCACGUUGGAUACGCUAGAGGUUGCUGCGUCGGAGACAGAGAGGGUCUACGAGAGAAGACUAGAGGAGCUUAUGCAUGCUAAUAGGGAACUACAAGAACGUGGCGAGGACGUGGAAACCGUGGCAAGACAGCUUAAGCAGCUAGAGGAACUGGUAUCGGAACUCGAGGAAGGUCUUGAAGACGCUCGAAGGGGUGAAGCUGAAGCUAGGGGCGAAGUAGAGUUCCUCAGGGGCGAAGUUGAGAGAACUAGACUGGAAUUGAAGCAGGAAAGAGAGAAACCUGCUUCUGCGAUCAAAGGCACCAAUGCUGAUGCACAUCCUUCCUCCAAGGAUCUGGAUCAAAAGGACGAUGAAAUUCGCGGUCUGAAAGCAAUCAUCCAUUCCCUCAGCAGAGGUGAGCCUGUCGGCCUCCAUCAGAUGAACGGAAGCUCCUCCAACAAUGGAGACCACCAGGAUGCCGACCGUCUCGCCAGACUCGAGCAUCGCAUCCAAGAACUUGAGGGUCUCAUAGAUCGCAAAUCAUAUCGCAUCGAAGAACUAGAGCGUGAGCUCGAAAAGGACCAGAAUCGCAGGAGUCACAAUCGGAGCGGCACCAUAACCUCCUCACCGCUCAAACAGCAACAUAGCAGUCCCGGUGCUGUUUCUGGGUCCGGCGCUGUCAAUCACACCCACACCCUUUCCGACCGCACUGUCGUUCCCAAUGACUGGCACGACCCAUCCACUCUUCCCAACAUAAAUAGCAACGGACCAAACCAAUACUCCACCCACUUCUCCGCGCCGCAACACCAUAAUGAGCUCAUCCGCCACCACCUGCAGCAGCUCAGCCCAAUGCCUGAAUCUGACUCGCAUUCCUCAAGCACAGAUGACGGAGGGGUUCUCUGGUGCGAGAUCUGUGAGACGAGCGGCCAUGAUAUUCUCACCUGCACGAAUAUGUUUGGGUCCGGCGCCGCUAACGGGAAUAAUGCGGGUAGUAACAAGAACGAUGGUAACAAUAUAAAUAAUAGGGCCAUUGCGAAUAUAAACACCAACACUAACACCCACAACAAUAAUAACGGCAAUUACCCCAACGGCAUCCAUCAGAAUAACGGUCUAGGUGCCUCGAAUAAAUACAGUGGCAUAAAUGCAGGUGGAAGCCCCAACUCGCAACGGACGGGACGAGACGUGGUGCUGGAGGGAUUGAAGGGGCUGACGGCGUCCAUGUCGCCGGUUGCGGGGAAGGCGUCUGGCGUUAUUGAUGAGUCGAAAUGGUGCGCUUUGUGCGAGAGGGAUGGGCAUGAGAGUAUUGAUUGUCCGUUUGAGGACUAG